CGGCACCUGUGGUGGCAUCCGUGAACGUUUGUUUGAGGCGGCAGAAUUGUGUGCCGAUGGUUGGUGUGUGCUAAUUUUAUUUUCAAAGUAGUCAUGAGCCGUCUCGCACAAUAAGAUGCUUAGAAACGUUGCCGUGAACAGUGCACCAUCGGUUACACCGAAUCACAAGUGACUCAAAGUUUUCUUGCAAGCCGGGGAACAAAAAAGGUCAUGGAAUCCGCCACCUUAAAAGAUGCCGAAAACGCCGCUUCAAAAACGACACAAUGGAUGAAGCCUAAUGAUAUCCUCAAGCUUCGCAAGGCUGGCAGGCGUCGUCUGCAGCCCAGAGCUCUGCAACCAGUUAGCGUGAACGCCAUCAGCACUACAAGUCUUCCCCUGAAGCGUGAAUGCAGCCUCAACCCUUUCCGGUGUCCAGUGCAGAAGAAACCUCGGUUAGAAGACGUUCACCCCCUGCUGCACCGGACAACAGCACACCCUCCGACUGUGUCGCCACAGAGACUCACGGUGACAAAGGUUGCUGUUGACUCCUAUGAUGAUGAAACACGGCACUCUCUGGUGGAUGGCGCAAAGGCUGAACAGUCCAAACAGUCGGCAAAACUGCCGGGUCUUCCCCUGGACUGGAGCCUGAAAACUCGUGUGCGCUUCUGCUCAACCAGCCACUUCCCCUGGAGUGGGAGCCUCAAGACGUGCGAGGAGGCCAGUGGGACCACAGGUUUUGUGCGGGGCAUCCACUCUGAGUGCUGCCAGGAGUCUGCAGCAGAGCGAGGGAGCCUGGACAGUAGCCCACAGGCACGUUUCCACCAGCACUGCCUCGUGUGGCUGCACCCGCACCUGCCCUGGCUGCGUCUGUUUCCCCGCUACGGGGUGAUGACCAAUGCGUCAGUGUCCAAGGAGGCGACCUCCCUGUUUGCCGACCCCGCCAGCCCCGCCCGGGUGGCCCUGCAGGGGGACUGGGCGCAGGGCUUCCGCUCCCUGUACCAGCUUCUGCGCGCCCGCCAGUGCCCCUACUUCUACGUCUGCGCGCCCACGUUCACUGUCCUGUUCCGGGCUGCGGGGGUGGCUGGCCUGGCAGACCUGCAUGCCCUGCUGACGCCCACUACACGAGGCCUAAGACAGGCACUUCGUGACGAAGGGAUUACAUUCAGCAUGCCUCUCUGCACCAGCCAAGAGCAGAUGGACGAGACAGUAGAUGGUGCAUCACAGUCCCCACCUUCCGAAGCCAAGAGCGACGGUCAAGACGAGAACGUAGCAGAAGAGGAAACAGUGACCUGGUUGGAAAGCUUGGGCCUCAGCCAAGCAGACUUUCCUUCUCUCAACACGACACGGAACAAAAUGCUGGAUGAAAGCAGGGAUGACCGCAGACCUAGGUCGCUGGUCUUUGUCGAGAGGGGAGAGACGCUGGCCCUGUUCAACUUCCUUCUCAACAGCCGAGCCUGUGUCUGCCCCACGGGGCCCCUGGCCGGUGUGCCACCAACGCUCAUCUCCCCUGUGGCCUUCCAUGGAGCCAGUUUGCGCUCGCUCAAGGUGCGUCAAGGCUGGGUCAAGCAAAAUGACACAGAUCUACACAUGGUGGAGAUGAGUGGACCUAUCCUUCCCAAUGCCCUGCAUGGCCUGUGCACCCUGUUUGGGAGCAGCCAGGAAAAGGGCACCUUCUCGUUUGUGGCAUCGCCAGACACUCCCACGGCGGCUUUCAACGCCUUCCACCCUCAGCCGUCGGCUGCACCUGCUGCUUUCGCAACCGAGGCGCUCAAGGACUGCGGUCUGUCACUGCCCUUUGUACAGCGGAUGUGUGGGAAGCCUGAUGGACCGACACCUGUGCUCACCCGUGUCCAAGUCGUGGAUGGCAGCUAUGACAUCUCUGGUUGCCUCUAGGAGUGCUGGCUUUGAGCUGGAGAACUGCUUGAGAAACUCGGUGGUUUCAUUACCAUUGCUUGUGCUGUUACGAUUGGACCGUCAGGGCAGUCGUGAUGCAUCGAUUCCAGGCUGUGGGUGUUUGCAAGCAUUGCUUGCUGCCUUUGCAGCUUCCAGAGACCCAUUCCCGUGCUUGUGAGGAAGGACAGUGUGUGCUUCAUCUCAUUGCUUUCUUGCAUUUGGGAUGAAAGACAGACUGUUAUGACCAGCCUGAAAACUGGCGAAAUGGCACCUUACUGGCCUUCCCGACGGGACUCUUUUUGUUGUCGUGCUGAAACAGUUAUUUAGGUGACAGCUGCUACUGUGUUUUAAGGACUCUGGCAUGUGACUUGGUUAGUUAUGAUGUGGGUGUUAUUUGUUUUGUCAGACUACUUACACUGCCAUCUCAGUAGUUUCCCGCAGCAACAUAAAGGCUACAAGAUCUUCUGAGGCUGUCGUUGCGCAGCGCAUAUAGUGCCUGCAAUGAACACUUGUUGCUUGUAUCUAGGGCAACAAUACACAGAUUGACAUGAGUAGUGAUGGAGAAAUAUUCUUUUAUGAGCUACGGAAAUGCAUUGAACAAUUUGCUCACGACUUUUAUUUCUGAUCCAAAGGUGAAAGAAUGAGAAGUAGUUUUAUAUCUUUACUGCCUGACAAAUUAGAGAUAACUGUCCCCCCACCUAAGAUAUUGUAUUUAGAACCUGAGAGGCAAUAUUUAUUGCAAGCAGUAUAGUUUAACAGUGGACGUCGGCAAAUGGUCAGUGCUCCGCAUUGUGCCGUAUAAUGUCAGGUGUGUUGCCUUCAGUUCCGAUGGUGUAGCAUUGCUGGAAAGCCAGUUUGUGUAUGAAGGUGGUGAACUGGGAGAGCCGUCGAAAGAGUUUGGGAGCAAAGAGGCCAUAUGUUCCAUAAUCAAAAGGCCUGCAGCACUUGCAAAUGCGGGCGAAUGCUCAUGUACAGGCGCCCAAAUCUUUAACUGGCGUGCGUGAGCGGCGACUUUUCGGUGUGUCAGCGCCUUGUGACGGGGCGAGGCUGGAAACAGUCUGAAGCUAAGCGCAUGCGGACAAAGCCCGCUCAGCUGGGCCAAUCGUCUGCUAGGCUGUUUCCAGCCUCGCCCCGUCAUACGGCGCUGACGCCCGGAAAAGUCCCCGCUCGCACACGCCAGUUAAAGAUUUGGGCGCCUGUGCUAUUAGCCUGCCAAAUAUGACCAGGCUGGGGAAGUGCAGUUGGCCAAAGAGUUCUUGUGCAGUAGCACGAACAAGAAAAAUGCAUGGAUAGGGUGGGCGACAUUGACUUCAGUGUGCUGCAGCGUUUUUGAAGCUUCUACUGUAGGAAUAAACUAUGACUGUUGGUGUUAACCGCAGUGAGUCAUCAUAGGCACAAGCAAAUGAUAGGGCAGCAAUCAAUGCAUUCUCGGUGACUUUCCCGCUCCAUGUUGGCCGACAACAUUUGUAGCUUCUACACUACUGCAGAAAACUAUGUCGAAUUCAAUAAGACGCAUACGUGUGUCGCCAAUUGUCCGAUACAAUGACGUAAAUCUAAAAAGUUUCUUGCCAUUAUGCAGCAUGUAAAAGGUAUCUGCUUUUAACUCGCCGUAAUUGCUUAAUGGCUAUGGUGUUUGGCUGCUAAGCAUGAGGUCGCUGGAUCGAAUCCCCGCCACGGCAGCUGUAUUUCGGUGGGGGCGAAAUGUGAAAACACCCAUGUACUUAGAUUUAGGUGCACGUUAAAGAACCCCAGGUGAUCGAAAUUUCCGGAGUCCCCCACUACGGCGUACCUCAUAAUUGGAAAGUGGUUUUGCCAUGUAAAACCCAAUCAUUCUUUUUUUAAUUAGGGUAUCUGCUUUUAAUGAAUUUCUGAUAUACCGAAGGUAUUUUAGUGUUGAAUGUGACUUCAUUAUUAUGAGGGCUGACUAUACUGUGGUGGUGCAUACGUGCUUCAUGCUUGCCUUUACUGCUUGUCAUAAAUUUGUUUCAUGCGCAAGGCAAUGCUGGUAAAAUGUUGAUGAAAUUUAUAUGGCCGAUGUGUGCUGGUUGAAUGGAAUGUAGCGUCUGGUAUUUGCAGCGUGUGUGGGUAGUUCUCGUCAUGUGGUGUGACGCUCUGUUGCACUUGGUGUGGCACUGACAAACUAGCGUGCAGUGCUGUGUUGAUCACCAUUUGUCGGAGCUGUGCUCCACCUGAUGGCUGCAGUGUACAUUUUGCAUUUUUUGUGUUCUUGUGCCAUCAAGACACCCACCCAGCUUGUGUUACAAGAGCAACAAGUAGCUCCCUUUUUUUUUUUUGCAAUUGUUUGUCUAUUGUAAAACUUGAAGCACAGGUUGCAGCAUUGAGUUUGUUGCUUUGUAGUAAUGUUAGGUUAUUUUGUGCAGUUGCCUGGUGGUGGGUAACAGUGGUGCUUAUUCUAGAAGGCUUUCACAGUGAUCGCCCCCGUAUUGAAUGUACAGCAGCGCACUGAAUAUUGAGAUCGUCUUAUAGGCACCGCGUGAUGCAGGUUUACAGCUGUUUUUGUUGUGGUAAACCAAGUGAACAGAGAACCUCUAUGUGGGUGAUUAGAUGAGGUAGCGGAUUCUAUUUGUCACGAUAGCGCAUGUGGAAUGCAAAAGAUUAAGUGAAAGAGAGGAAACUAAGUUUUUGGAAAGAUCUGUGUAGGUUUCACUAGCUACAUAUCGUAGGCCAUGAAGAGCUGCCAGCAUAUUUGUGGUUUACAGCUGCACUGCUCUUCCUUACCUUUGGCAAAGAAGGCAACGACCACACUUAACCCCUUCCAUGCCACACUAUUAUACCGAGUUCUGACCAGAAAUUGUCAAAUUAUUAUUGAAAAUAUCAAAUUCCAACAUGUUUUAGUUCCUCGGAAAGAAUAAAUUUGUUCUGCUUACGUGCUGUCCCAUCAAUUUCAUGUUGCCAUCUACCAAAAGUAUGACUAUGCAUUGAGACGAAGCUAGGCUUGUCCAUGGCAUUGCUAAAAAAUGCAAAGUUCUGUUAAUGAGCUGAGCUAGCCGUUGGCUGUUUUUACCAUAAACAUGUGGAUGAGCCCAACUUGUCCACGGGACAGAAAGGUAUAAGGUGCAAGGCAAACCACCGUGGUGGCUCAAUGGCAUGAGGUCACAGGUUGAAUUUUCUGCCAUGGUUGCUGCAUUGCAAUGCAGAAAUGCUUGUGUACUUGGAUUUAGGUGUGCAUGUUUUGUGUGUGCCGAUAAUUAAAGGCUUUCGAGACGUAUUCAGAAAUUGGGAUAGAUUGACGCUAAGUGUGGGCAAGGACUUCUUCGUUGUAAAUAGAAUGUACGAGGGCAUGUAGACAAGUACCACUGGUGUCUGCUGAAGGCAGACUAGCUCACUAGUGAAUGAAAAAAGAGGAGGCUUGUGGUUGUGCCAGUAUGCAGUGGAAUUCUAUUUUAUGGACGCCGUAACUUGCUCCUUCUAGGUAGACAGUUCAGUUGUCAAGGCAGGGAACAAGCUGUAAGCGUUUGGUAUGCCCUCCCAUCAAGCCAUAUAGUACAAUAGGUUUGCCAAGGUUGAAGACUGGGUGUGUUGGUUUAGCAUAUUAGAGGUUCGAUUGUGCAACAUUUGGACGACACUCACAGAAGAGAAGCUCUGUGGUGUGUGUUUCUCUUCAGUGUGCGUCGUCCAAAUGUUGUGCAAUCGAACCUCUAACAAUAGGCUUUCAAGAGAAGAGCAGUGGGCAUCCAAAUGUUGACGGAAUGGAAACGCAGCGCCGUGAGUUUGUAAGCAAAGCGAAGUGGCUUUGAAUUCGAGGUGCAUUAGCACAUGCUCUUGGGCCAGUUGGUGCAUGAACUCCGUCCGUGUCUAACGCCUUUUCCAUGUGUGCACGUCCUUUGUGUUCCACUGGUACCCCCUUUUAUCAAGUUUGAAUUUGAGAACGAAAUGUGGAGGCUAGCCAGCGAUGACAGCAGAGAAACUGAAGCGGGCCAACCUAAGGUCUGGGAGUGGGAGCUUUAAAAUGUUGCAAAUGUUCACGGGACCACAGUGCCAACUGCGUGAUGAAGAGAUAGGGAAUCUCUUAGCACAGUGUAAACAUCCAUCUGCUCGGCUUGCAGCUUGAAGCUGUCGUGCAACAAUGACGUUCUUCACUGUUUUAACAGUUUUCACUGUUUUAACAGCACUGUGUACAUUAAAAAGAAAAUUGAACUUUAUGCUGGCGUUUUGCACAAAGCUUUGGCUUGUAUGUGGUACAGUGUCAUUUUAUUUUUACUUAUUUGUGACUUGUGUGGAAACUACAGUAGCGCAUUGCCAAAGCAGUAGUAGUGCCGCAGCUGACUUGGCAGAGGGGUAGUUUUUCACAUCGCAAUAGGGUGUCAUAUUCUGUGCAUGAUAUACCAUACAAAGGACACGUUUUAGCCCUAUAUUGUUUGAGACACCAGCAAGACCUGUGAAUAUGAGAAUAGCGCUUUCAGUGUGGUUGUGUGGAGCGCCAAAAGGUCUGCUACAGAAUUUUUUAUGCACAAAAUAUUUGCUGUUUGCUCACAAUUGCAUGUCUUCCUUUAUUGUACGCCUGUUUUGAAUAUUGAGGUAUUGCAUGUCAUUGGUUUAGCUAAGUAGUGUGGUGCAUUAUUACCAUCUAAUACUAAUGACCCGCAUGGCUUUUGUUUAUUUCAAUUCUUGCUUUAAAGAAAAGUUGUCUCAUAACUUAUGUUUGACCUCUACAUGAAAACACAAGUUUGCUUGAUAUGUAUGUAGCUGAUUGUUUGAAAAGGAAGACACAAUUUUGAUUCAUUGUACCAGCACUCAUCCGUGUUAUGUCUGUGUAGGCUUGUGUGCAUCUGUUCGUGUUGUUGCAACAUUGUUGCUGAGGUUGCGUGGUCAUCCACUGUAAUCUCAUCCCCUCGUGACAGUUGUGUGAUUGUAAAAUGUGCACUGGUGUUGAAGUCCAGGGGUUUUAAUGGUACAUUCAUUUGGCUGAAAUUGAGCGCUCUAAACACGGUCACUUGAUUCAGCAAGGUUUUAAACUGCGCGACAGGACGUGAACAGAAACGGAUGCGCACACAAAGCGCAGGCUUCCAACUGGCUCUAUUUCGUGAAGGCAGGGAAUCUAUAAGGUUCUAAAAGAUAGAAAAAACGAGGAACAGUUGCAAUUUCACGUUGAGUUUAAAAUUUUGCUGAAUCUAUGAACCGGUUCACUUCGUUUUUUCAUACCAGCAUCUGAUUGCUCUGGUGAGGUGAACAUUUGGCUCGGGCAUGAUUUCUCGAGACUCUGAUCUAGAGCGGGCCAUGCAUUGUUAAUCAGUGAGAACCAACCAACCGUAUGUACCUUAAGAUGAUGUGGUGGAGGUGUCAUUCAGCUGACUGUGUUUGUAACUAUAGUUAUUUGUGUCAAUUUUGAAUACAUCUAUUUAUAGCAUGCAGUUUUAUUCCUUUUUUUUAAUAUGCCUGUGAUUGCGUGGUUGUUUAAAAUGUCGGCUGGCUCAUGGAAUGGCUGGUCAUAGUUCAACAAUGGCCUCCUUGGCCAGACGACUGGCAAAUGGAUUUGCAAGCACUGCCUGAAGGAACAUUGUACAAAGAUCAUCAGUAUAGCCAGUGCUGUUUUAUCUCCAUCAUCUUUAAUCAUUUUGCCUGUGAGCACAUGGGAAGUCUUGCACAUUCAGCAUACUGCACUUUGCCAUUUUCGAGCUUUAAACCUUAAUGUCUCUUCAAUCCGUCGUCAUGGGCUGCCCGAGACACUGCUUUCAGCCAACAAGCGUUACAGUAUGCAAUGUUUCAGGCAGCCUUGUACAACAAAAUGAUUCUUGGAGUAAAGGCACUCAUAUUUUGCCAGCAUGUAUUUUUAUGUGUAACUUGAAAAGCAGUCUUGCAACAUGAACUCGCCACAUGAUGAAAAUGUAGUUGGUCCUCCUGUUCAGACUUCACUUCAUCCCCCUGCUCACAUUGCACUUUUCACCUUCUAAGCACUGAUGGGUAUGUCUGGGUGGGAGUUUUCUACUCUUUUGUUUACAUCAUAUGUGGACAAAAAUAAAGUAUUUAUUUUUCUC